AGUAAGUUGACAAACUGCAGGAGUUUACCGUGUUGGUGGAUGAAGUUGCGCCAGUGAGAAGCACAGUUAACCAAAGUGGAUGUUUUCUGACUCUAAAGCUUCGUUCUCAAUUCGUUCUCUGCAGCGACUGUGAAGAUCAGUGAUCUGUUUUUCUAUCUGAACAAGUCAGUUUAGUCUAUUGGUGAUGCAGCAUGUGCGUCUGCACUGUUGAAGAAUGGGUCAUUCUUUCUCCUGUUGGUUAAGAGUAGUUUGAAGGAAAUGCUUUCAUGUUUAUGUUUAUUUAUUUGGCAGACGCUUUAUAUCCAAAGCGACUUACAAUUUAUAACCUAUAGGGCAUGUUGUGAUCUGUGGGGGAAACCGGAGUACCCGGAGGAGACCCACGCAUGCAUGAGGAGAACACUUAACUCCACGCAGAAAAGCCGCAGCCGAGUUUCGAACCUGCAACCUUCGUGCUGCGAGGAAACCGUGCUAACAACUGCGGCACCAUGCAGCCGCAGAACUUAAGCCAUGUAAUUAUAUUUAGGUCACAUGACUUUGAGCUCAAGUCGCCAUUUUGCUGCAGCCAGGUGCCUCUCAGCGGCAGCGUUGAAGCUGCCAAUAACACCUAGCUGCAGCUGCAGCAUAGCAGGUAGGUAGCAGCAAGGCGCGUGCGCAACGCGAGUUUACAAACGCGCAUGCGCGAUAUAUAAAGGGUGCCGUGACGUCAUAUAGUCAUAAAGGCGUUGCUCACCUUAACAGUCAGUUGUCUGUCUGUCAGCAACAGAAGUCAGUGGAUCUUUCAUUGGAUAGCAUCGUUUUUUUACAGUCUUGUAGAAAUUCAGAAAUGUCGUCUUUUAAAAUGGAGGAAGGAGCGACUAUUCGAAGUAAAACCAGAAGUUACCAAGUUGAAAAAGUGCUUAAAAUGGAUGAAGGUUUUCCAACUUUGGCCGUUUGCAGAGUAAAGGAAAAUGGAGAAACAGUGACUCUGAAAUGCGCUCAGAGAAAUGUUUCACCUCAGUUUAAACAAGAAGCUAAAGUUUUUUAUUAUCUCAUGCAUCAUAAUCCAGAUGAAAGCAAUAUUAUCAAGUGUGACGAGGUAUUUCAUUUCCAGGACUGGAUUUGCGUUGCACUAGAGAAGCUGGACACAAAUUUGUGGGAUUUCAUGAUAAGCAGAAACCACAAACCUUUAAAAGUUAAGGAAAUUAGAGUGAUCGCAAAGCAAAUGCUUGUUGCUCUAAAUAAGCUAGACAAUUUAUCCUUCACUCAUUUGAAUGUGGGACCAGAAGAUAUUAUGUUAGUGGACCAUGACUCACAGCCGUUCAAGGUAAAACUGAGUGGAUUUGAUUAUGCCAGAAAGACAUCAAAUCUCACAGAGACGGUAAUUCCCAAGACUACUGGUUUCUGCGCCCCAGAGGUUCUCUUGGACUGCCCGCUUAAUAAGACUGUGGAUAUAUGGAGUUUCGGUUGUACGCUCGCGUUCUUGUUUCUGGGGAGGCCCUUAUUUCCAACAAAGUGUAACUAUGAAUAUAUGAGAACUAUUAUAAAGCUCCUCGGUCAGCCUGACCAAAAGUUUCUGGAGCAGGGGCGAUCCGUCCAGCAGUAUUUUACACAGAGUUCUGGUUGGAGGUUUAAAACGCCUGAAGAAUACACGCAGGAUACAGGAAGGACGAUUCAGGACAGCCGUGAAAAUUAUUUUCAUUUAGAGUCUCUGGAUGAAUUAGUCAACCUAGCAAGUGACAUAAAAGAUGAGAGCUUGGUGGCUUUCAUAGAUUUUCUUAAGAUGAUUUUAGCAGUGAACCCAGAGAACAGAGUUUCUUCAGCUGAUGCUCUCAACCACAGAUUCAUCACGAUGGAGUGUAUUUCUGGUUCCAGUUUAAACUCUGUUUCAGAUACACAUGCAGUCUCAACAGGAGGCCAAACCACUGAGAAAGACAGCGUCACAGAGAUGGGAAUUCACGAGUCAGACUCAAACCUGACUAGGUCACCCAGUGACACCGAAUACUCACCUUUAACACUGGAGAGAGGAGGUAAAAUCAUUCACACUUCCGAUGUUUACCAAGUUGUGGGAUUACUUGGAACUGGGUCGUUUGGAAAAGUUUUCAAAUGCAGAAAAGAGGGAACGGAUGAGACGGUAGCAAUGAAAGUAUUUAGAAAAGGAAAUCACUGGCAAGCAAAGAGGGAGGUGAAUUCACAUAACCAGCUCAGUGUUCUGGACUUAGACAAGAACAAUCUGAUCAGACUUAUUGACUCUUUUGUCUACAAGGACUGCUUUUGUCUCACGUUUGAAUGUUUAUACCUAAAUUUGACUGAGCUUAUAAUAAGGAGGUAUGAAGGUUUGGAGGUGAAUGAAAUCAGAUCUAUUGCUCAGCAAGUGUUGCUGGCCCUUCGAGCUCUGAAAAUAAUCGGCAUGACUCACACAGACAUAAAACCAAAUAAUAUUAUGCUGACUGCUCCUCAGGGUCCCCAGUCACUUAAUGUCAAAUUAAUAAAUUUCGGGUCGGCUCGUAAAACAGCUGAAUUAUCAGAGUACUCAGUGAUGCAGAAUGAAAGGUACCGGGCUCCAGAGGUAAUCUUAGGUCUUCCACGUGAUGAAAGUAUAGAUAUGUGGGGGCUUGGGUGUACGUUGGCUUACCUAUAUCAAGCUUCCCAUCUGUUUCCAAAAGAUGAAUACAUAGCAAUGCAUUUUAUUGUUAAACAUUUGGGUCUGCCCGACAAAGAAAUGCUUGAUAAAGGUUGGCGUGCCAGACGCUUUUUGAAAUUAGACAAGAGAAGAACCAAACCUUUUUGGAGGUUAAGAAUAUUUGAGGAAUAUAAACACCCAGUAUGUUGUCAUGCUGCACCAGAAUAUCCUUGUGAUGACUUCCUAACAUUGCCACCAAAUUUGGGAAAUCGUAAUGACAGUUUAAGUUUUAUAGAUCUCGUCAAAAAAAUGCUAGCUGCGAAUCCAGCAGACAGGAUCCUUCCGGAGGAGGCUCUCAACCACCCGUUCAUCACGAUGAAUUAUCUCCCUGGUUCCAGUUUAAGCUCUAAUGUGUCAGAGAUACAUGAAAUACCAACAGGAAGCCUAAUUACUGACCAAGAUAGGGUCACAGAGGUGAAAAUUCACGAGUCAGGUCCAAACUUGACAAAAUCAACCGAUGAAAUGGAAUCCUCAGAUUUAAUAUUGAAGACAGGAGUUAAAAUCUUUCACCAAUCAGAUGCUUACCAAGUUGAGGAAUUACUUGGAACUGGGUCGUUUGGAAACAUUUUUAAAUGCAGAAAAGAGGGAACAGAUGAGACGGUAGCAAUGAAAGUAUUUAGAAAAGGAAAUCACUGGCAAGCAAAGAGGGAGGUGAAUUCACAUAACCAGCUCAGAAUUCUGCAUGCAGACGCGAACAGUCUGAUCAGAUUUAUCGACUCUUUCGUUUACAAAGACUGCUUUUGUCUCACGUUUGAAUGCUUAAAUACAACUUUUGUUGAGUUAUUUAAAGAGACGCGCUUUAAACUUCAAAGGGUGAUUUACCUCAGAACCGUCGGUCAACAGAUGUUGCUGGCCCUUCAAGCCCUGAAAAGCGUCGGCGUGACUCACACAGACAUAAAACCAGAUAAUGUCAUGAUUGCUCAUCUGGAUAACCAGUCUGUUAGGGUCAAAUUGAGUGAUUUCGGGUUGGCUCGUAAGACGGCUGAAUUAUCAGAAUAUUCUGUAAUGCAGACUGAGGGAUACAGGGCUCCAGAGGUUAUCUUGGGUCUUCCACGUGAUGAAAGUAUAGAUAUGUGGGGGCUUGGGUGUAUGCUAGGCUUUCUGUAUCUAGGUAAUCAUCUGUUUCCAGAUGAUGACUACAAAGCUUUGCAGUGUAUUGUUAAGCACAUGGGUCUGCCUGACAAAAAUGCGCUUAAGGAGGGUUGGCGUGUAAGACGCUUUUUCAAAUUUGACAGGCUACAUAAAUGGAGGUUGAAAGAUCCGAAGGAAUAUCAACACAAAUAUGGAAAGAAGAAUUUCAAAAGACAUUCGUUUAAUUUAUUUGAUGAACCUCUUGAUGACUUAGUGCGUCUCAAACCAGCUUGGUCUAAUGCGAAAGGCAAAAAAUUGUUUAUAGACCUUCUUAUAAAAAUGCUAGCUGUGAAUCCAGCAGAUAGAAUCCUUCCGGAGGACGCUCUCAGCCACCCGUUCAUCACAAUGGAGCAUUUUCCUGUUCCAGAUUACCUUAUUAAAUGGAAAGAGGCACAUGAAAUAGCAGAAAGCGAAUUCACUGAUCAAAAUAGGGUCACAGAGGUGGAAAUUCAUGAGUCAGACGUGGACCUGACAAGCUCAACAGAUGAAAUAGAAUCUUCAUCUUUACUUUUGGACGAAGGAGUUAAAAUCAUUAACCAAUCAGAUGUUUACCGAACUGAGAGUUUAAUCGGAUCUGGGUCGUUUGGAACAGUUGUGAAAUGCGCAAAAGAGGGGACAGAUGAGAUGGUAGCAAUAAAAGUAUUCAGUCAGAAGAAAUUAUGUUAUGCUAAGGAGGAGGUGAUUGUACAUAACCAGCUCAGUGUUCUGGACCCCGACAAACACAACCUGAUCAGAUUUAUUGAUAGUUUUGCUUUCGAGGAAAGCUUUUGCCUUGUGUUUGAACUUUUAUAUCUGAGUUUAGCCGACUUAUUAGAACAACCAGAUUAUGAACGUCUGAGUUUUAGUUACAUCAGACCCAUCGCUAAUCAAAUGUUAGUCGCCCUCCAAGCUUUGAAAAGCAUUGGAAUAACUCACACAGACAUAAAACCAGAUAAUAUCAUGCUGGUUCAUCAGAAUCCCCAGUCUGUUAGGGUCAAAUUGAUUGAUUUUGGGAUGGCUCGUAAAACAGCUGAAUUAUCAGAUGAUUCUUUGAUGCAGGCCGAUGGGUACAGGGCUCCAGAGGUUAUCUUGGGUCUUCCACGUGAUGAAGGCAUAGAUAUGUGGGGGCUUGGGUGUACGUUGGCCUUUCUGUAUGCAGGCCAACAACUGUUUUCAGAGAAUGAUUAUGACGCUAUGAGGUGUAUUGCUAGGUGUAUUGGUCUACCUGACACAAAUAUGCUUGAGAAUGGUAAGUAUGUCGAUCGCAUUUUUAAAGUAGACAAGAGCAGCCCUGAUCAUAUUGGGAGGUUUAAAUAUGAAAGUCAAGAAGAAGAAGAAACAGAAUUUUACCCAAAAGACCAAUUUGAUUAUAACGUUUAUAAUUCUCUUUAUGACUUAAUGUUAUUCAUACCACCGGGUGCUACUUACAUAGAACGACAGGACGUAAAAAGUUUUAUAGACCUCCUUCAAGAAAUGCUAGCUGUGAAUCCAGCAAAUAGAAUCCUUCCAGAGGACGCUCUCAACCACACGUUCAUCACAAUGGGGCAUUUUCAUAUUAGCAGUUUUAGCUCUAGUGUGUCAGAGACGGAUGAAAUAUCAGCAGGAAGCCCAACUACUGACCAUGAUAGUGUCACAAAGGUGGAAAUUCACAAGUCGGACACAGACCUGACUGAAUCACGCAGUGACACAGAGUCCUCACCUUUAACAAUGGAGAAAGGAGUUAAAUUAAUUCAUCAGUCAGAUGUUUCCCAAAUUGAUGAAGCCUGUGGAUCUGGGGGAUGUACGCAAGAAGUAAAAUGCAGAAAAGAGGGAACAGAUGAGACAGUAGCAGUAAAAGUCCUUCAAGAAAUGCCAGCUAUGAAUCCAGCAGAUAGAAUCCUUCCAGAAAACGCUCUCAACCACCCGUUCAUCACAGUGGAGCAUUUUCAUAGGAUCAGUUUUAGCUCUAGUGGGUCAGAGAUAGAUGAAAUAUCAACAGGAAGCCCAACUACUGACCAUGAUAGUGUCACAAAGGUGGAAAUUCACAAGUCGGACACAGACCUGACUGAAUCAUGCAGUGACACAGAGUCCUCACCUUUAACACUAGAGAAAGGAGUUAAAUUAAUUCACCCGUCAGAUGUUUCCUGUGGAUCUGGGGGAUGUACGCAAGAAGUAAAAUGCAGAAAAGAGGGAACAGAUGAGACAGUAGCAGUAAAAGUCCUUCAAGAGAUGCCAGCUGUGAAUCUAGCAGAUACAACCCUUCCAGGGGACGCUGUCAUCACAAUUGAGCAUUUUCAUACUGGCAGUUUUAGCUCUAGUGUGUCAGAGACAGAUGAAAUAUCAGCAGGAAGCCCAACUACUGACGAUGAUAGUGUCACAGAGGUGGAAAUUCUCAAGUCAGACUCAGACCUGUCUGAAUCAUGCAGUAACACAGAAUCCCCACCUUUAACACUGGAGAAAGGUGAUAAAUUAAUUAACUCGUCAGAUGUUUACCAAAUUGAGGAAGUCUUUAGAUCUGGGGGAUGUACGCAAGUAGUCAAAUGCAGAAAAGAGGGAACAGAUGAGAUAGUAGCAGUAAAAGUAUUUACAAAACAAAAGAACUGGCAAGCAAUGAAGGAGGUGAAUGCAUACGAUGAUCUCAGUGAUCAGAACUCUGACAAAAACAAAGAGAUCAGAUUAAUGGACACUUUUAUUUACAAGGACUGCUUAUGCCUUGUUUAUGAAUUUUCACCUCAAAGUUUUUGUGAACCAUUAGAAGCACAAACAUCUACAUGUCUAAGUGUGGCUGUCAAGGUCUUCACCUGCGUCUCCCUUAUGGGUCUCCUCGUGUACUCCACGUUCCUCUAUGGAUACUGUAACUAA